AUGAUAAAUUGGGCGAAAAGAGCUGGUUUGGAAAAUGGUAUUGUGGUAGUGAUUAAAACAUCUGCUAAUUUAAAAGGCGGUAAGUUGUCAUGUCAUUUAAUGUGUGAAAGAGGAGGAAAAUACAAACUGCCACGGUAUUUUGUCGAUGGGCAAUCCUUUAAAAGGAAUACAGGGACAAAAAAAUGUGAAUGCCCAUUCGAGCUGCGAGGUGUACCAAUACCUCCAGAAUGUGUGAUGUGGCAUUUAAGGGAUGUAUGUGGUUUCCAUAACCAUCAAUUAGCAGAAUUUAUGUAUGGUCAUGAGUACCCGUCUAGGUUAAAACCAAUGGAGCUACAGUUUGUGCUUGACAUGGCCAAUAGCACCGCACCUCGUGAAGUUCUUAAUAUAUUGAAACAAAGAGACCCGUCAAACACUACAGGGAUCAAAACCAUUUACAAUGCCAUUUUCACAAAUAAAUCUGCCAAACGUGCCGGCCUAAAUCAAGUCCAGUAUGUCUUGGAGCAGUUAAUUAAAAAAAAUUACCUCCAUGAUUACCGUACAAAUCCAGACACCAAUGAAAUUACGGAUAUUAUUUGGGUUCACCCUAAAAGUCUGUUACUUUUUGUCAAUUGUCCAUCCGUGUUGAUCAUUGAUGCCACAUAUAAGACCAAUGAGUAUCAGUCACCACUAUUGGAGGUUGUGGGUAUCACAUCCACAAUGCGAACUUACUCGCUUAUGUUCGCAUAUCUAAGCAAUGAAAGGGAAGAGCAACUAACAUGGGCAUUAGGUACCUUAAAAAAGUGGAUGCUUGAAAAGGGGACAUCGUUGCCAUCAGUGUUUGUUUCCGAUCGGGAUAUGGCGCUCAUUAAUGCCAUUGAAAUAUGUUUUCCUACGGCACGUCACAUCCUCUGUAUUUGGCACAUAAACCAGUGCGUAAUGAAAAAAUGUAGGCCUAUGCUUGGUCUAAAGUGGAACAAGUUUAAUGCGUCAUGGCACUCGCUCAUUAAUUCAUCCACACAGUGGUCUUACCAUCAUAAGUGGAAAGUCAUGCACGAGGAGUACAGACGAUUCCAGGGUGCCCUAAAUUACCUUUGGGAGACAUGGUUACACUCUUACAAAGAGCGAUUUGUUUCAGCAUGGAUUGAUACAUGUAUGCACCUCGGGAGUAAUUCAAGUCAAAGGGCGGAAGGGGCACAUGCGAGACUUAAAAUGUAUUUGGGGGAUACCAUGUCAUCUCUGAAACAUCUUUUAUAA